CACUCCGUUGCGCUCCGCGGGAGCAGCCACCCUUCGGCUGGGUCUCCGGUCGGCUCGGCUCGGCUCAGCAGUCGGGUGCGCCCGCAGACCGCGCGCUCGGGCUGAGGGCGCCGGCCGCCCGAGCCUCGGGGAAGGCGCGCCCCUCGGCUGGGCGCCGCGGGCAGCAUGGGGCUCCCCGCGCUCGAGUUCAGCGACUGCUGCCUCGACAGCCCGCACUUCCGAGAGACUCUCAAGUCUCACGAAGCGGAGCUGGACAAGACCAAUAAAUUCAUCAAGGAGCUCAUCAAGGACGGGAAGUCACUCAUCGUCGCGCUCAAGAAUUUGUCUUCAGCAAAGCGGAAGUUUGCAGAUUCCUUAAAUGAAUUUAAAUUUCAGUGCAUAGGUGAUGCAGAAACAGAUGACGAAAUGUGUAUAGCAAGGUCUUUGCAGGAGUUUGCCACCGUCCUCAGGAAUCUUGAAGAUGAACGGAUACGGAUGAUUGAGAAUGCCAGUGAGGUACUCAUCACUCCUUUGGAGAAGUUUCGAAAGGAGCAGAUUGGGGCUGCCAAGGAUGCCAAAAAGAAGUAUGACAAAGAGACAGAAAAGUAUUGUGGCAUCUUAGAGAAACAUUUGAAUUUGUCUUCUAAAAAGAAGGAAUCUCAGCUUCAGGAGGCAGACAGCCAGGUAGACCUGGUCCGGCAGCACUUCUACGAAGUCUCCCUCGAGUAUGUGUUCAAGGUGCAAGAAGUGCAGGAGAGGAAGAUGUUUGAGUUUGUGGAGCCUCUGCUGGCCUUCCUGCAAGGACUCUUCACCUUUUAUCACCAUGGUUAUGAACUGGCCAAGGAUUUUGGUGACUUCAAGACACAGCUGACCAUUAGCAUACAGAAUACAAGAAACCGCUUUGAAGGCACUAGGUCAGAAGUGGAGUCCCUGAUGAAGAAGAUGAAGGAGAACCCUCUGGAGCACAAGACCAUCAGCCCGUAUACCAUGGAAGGGUACCUCUAUGUUCAGGAGAAACGUCACUUUGGAACUUCUUGGGUGAAGCACUACUGUACGUAUCAGCGAGAUUCCAAACAAAUCACCAUGGUACCCUUUGACCAAAAGUCUGGAGGAAAGGGGGGCGAAGAUGAAUCAGUCACCCUCAAAUCCUGCACACGGCGGAAAACAGACUCCAUUGAGAAGAGGUUUUGCUUUGAUGUAGAAGCAGUAGACAGGCCAGGGGUUAUCACUAUGCAGGCAUUGUCAGAAGAGGACCGGAGGCUCUGGAUGGAAGCCAUGGAUGGCCGGGAACCUGUCUAUAACUCGAACAAAGACAGUCAGAGUGAAGGGACUGCACAGUUGGACAGCAUCGGCUUCAGCAUUAUCAGGAAGUGCAUCCAUGCUGUGGAAACCAGAGGGAUCAAUGAACAAGGACUCUACCGAAUCGUAGGGGUCAACUCCAGAGUGCAGAAGUUGCUGAGUGUUCUGAUGGAUCCCAAAAUGGCUUCAGAGACGGAAACAGAUAUCUGUGCUGAAUGGGAGAUAAAGACCAUCACGAGUGCGCUGAAGACCUACCUAAGAAUGCUUCCAGGACCACUCAUGAUGUACCAGUUUCAAAGAAGUUUCAUCAAGGCAGCAAAGCUGGAGAACCAGGAGACUCGGGUCUCUGAAAUCCAUAGCCUUGUUCACCGACUCCCAGAGAAAAAUCGGCAGAUGUUACAGCUGCUCAUGAACCACUUGGCAAAUGUUGCUAACAACCAUAAGCAGAAUUUGAUGACCGUGGCAAACCUUGGCGUGGUGUUUGGACCCACCUUACUGCGGCCUCAGGAGGAAACAGUAGCAGCCAUCAUGGAUAUCAAAUUUCAGAACAUUGUCAUCGAGAUCCUAAUAGAGAACCAUGAAAAGAUAUUCAACACUGUGCCUGAUGUGCCGCUCACCAAUGCCCAGCUGCACCUCCUGCGGAAGAAGAGCAGUGACUCCAAGCCCCCGUCCUGCAGUGAGAGGCCCCUGACGCUCUUCCAUGCCGUGCAGUCCACAGAGAAGCAGGAGCAAAGGAACAGCAUCAUCAACUCCAGUUUGGAAUCUGUCUCAUCAAAUGCGAACAGCAUCCUUAAUUCCAGCAGCAGCUUGCAGCCCAAUAUGAACUCGAGUGACCCAGACCUGGAUGUGGUCAAACCCACCCGGCCCAACUCGCUCCCCCCGAAUCCAAGCCCAACUUCACCCCUCUCGCCAUCAUGGCCCAUGUUCUCGGCACCAUCCAGCCCUAUGCCCACCUCAUCCACGUCCAGCGACUCAUCCCCCGUCAGGCCAGAAGAAGCUGUUCAUGGAGAUUUCAGGUACUCCUGCUCCAGAAGCGAGGUGCGGCCUACCCUCCCGCUUUCAGCUGUUGUAACUCCCAGCACACCGUUCCGGAAGGCAAAGGCCUUGUACGCCUGCAAAGCUGAGCACGACUCGGAGCUGUCAUUCACAGCAGGCACGGUCUUUGAUAAUGUUCAUCCAUCCCAGGAGCCUGGCUGGUUGGAGGGGACUCUGAAUGGAAAGACUGGCCUCAUCCCUGAGAACUACGUGGAGUUUGUCUAACCAUGGGCCCCAGCAGAACUGCUGCGCUUUACAUGGUAUCCAUGACAACUGCUGAUUCCAGUGUUGUAGCUAUUUCUCGUUGCCGCUGAGAAGUGCGAGGAAACUGACUCUUGCUCCCUGUCAUCGUGAAUGUUUCUGGGAACUCACGUCACCCAUCUCCAUGAUCAUCUCAGCUGAUGUGUGGCAAUACUGCAAGCAGAGGUCAAUCAGGAGAGGAGGCUGUUCGAUUUUGAUAAUCUAGAGAUUAUCACGUUUGCAAAGCUUCCUUAGGAGUAUCCUAAAUGGGGCAUGCUGACUCCCAACCUUCUGAAAAAGAAAGUAAGAUAGAAGUUGUCUCCAGGAGCACACACUGUAGCUAAGUUUGACGGGGCAGGGCAGAGAAACUGCAGCGAGGUCCAGAUUGGCUCCAUUGCUUUUGUUUACAGCGGAUGCACUUUCUGUGUCUGCUCCUGCUACUGGAGGCCCACUCUGCAGCAGGCAGCUGGGUCUGUCUGUGUACAGGCAGGACGGAGAAGGGUUAUGGCCCUGCUUAUAUAAGAUCCAACUUCUCACCAUCUCUGAAGCAGCCUUUGGCCCAUCAUCAACAAAAUUCAGGCCAGCUUUUUCAUGCAAAGGAGCAAACACACCCCACAUCCUCCCCUCCUGAGCCAGGAACUUCUCUGCCACUGAGGGCUGCUGUUGCCUAGUAACUGUGGCAAUUGCACUUACUCUAAAACCAAACCAAACACUUCCCCUACCCCUGCCCUUCUUGGUAGUUUUGUGAAUGGUCUAACUGCCUAAAACAGAGGAUCUUCCAACUGCCUAAAACAGAGGGUCAAGGUAUUAGGGUGGGCUACUUGGGGGAGACAGAAGUGUUCACUUUCUGAAUUUCAGCAGCACCAGGAUAUAUUUAGAGCAAACUCUAGUAAUGCUUUGAGAUUAAAUUACAUACAGGCUUAAUAUUUCUGUUGUCCACGCAAUUGGUGUUUGCUUUCUAGGGGGGGCCAGAUGCCACCUCCCGAUGGGUGACACCAUCUGACGGGUUCUCUCACGUCUUCCCAUUCACUCAUCCCCCUGCCCGUCAGUGACCAGCCCUGUGCAGUGCUUUGGGCUUGCCCUCUGACUUUCAGGGAUGACUCUGCGGGGUUUCCCUGUGGUCUGUAGUUUAAAAGGAUGUCUGCAUUCACUGCCACCCAGAAAAAGGGAAUUUUAGGCUUUUGAGGCCUGAGGGCUCUGUGACUCAGGAAGACGGCCAAAGGUUGGGGCAGGGAGGCUGGGAUAAUACCUUCUAAGAUAGGGAAUUUCCUCCUCAAAGUGGGGUGAGUCUUAUGGAAAACUGCCUCUUAUGGAGAUGUUCCCCCGGGACACUUCAAACUUACUUGGCCUCCAAAGAACAGAGCAACCAUAUCUCCCACACAUGAAUGUCCUUGCAAGAGGGACUCUGGACAGACAAACUAUAAACUGCCAAGCUCCCAGGAGCCCAGUAGAUAACAACAUCACUCCAGAGAGCAUUUCCUGUUUCUGGAAUUCCAUUAGAGACCUUUCAUGAAGAAGAGGAAAAGGAAAAACUUGAAUUGUGUUGAAUUACUGUAUCUUUUACUUUUCUCGUAAGAUAAACUUGUAAAUAGAGUAAUUUGAAAUACUAUA